CACUUCCAUUCGUUCCAUUGAUGCGAAAUCAGAAAUCAGCAUUGUCAUCCAAAAGUCUCGCGAAGAUGACACGAACUCCGAUGAAAGUCGCUGCUUUGCUUGCCCUCGCGGCGAUCGGUUCCGCGGCCUCCGUGUUCGACGCGAACGACAUGAUGGACAGAAUUUUGACGGAGAUGGGUCAUGAGGCCUCACGUCUGGAGCUCGACCCGAUCAGGGCGUACAGAUUCGAGCUCACCGUCAAGGGUUCGGGCUUGGGAGGCGAAAUCAAGGCUCAUUUUCCCGAAGCGGUAUUCACUGGUCUCGGAAGUAUCACCAGGGCUGAACGCUGCAGUCACCUUGUUCGGGGAUCUAACUUGAAAAUGAAGUGCUACGUUUCUUUGUCCGAGAUCAAAUUCGCGAUGCAUGCAUCAUUAGCGGUGGACGGACCUCCCGCGAAGGAUCUCAUUACCACGGAAUCCAGUGUGGGAUCCGAUGUUCUCGCGCUCAUUGGAAUUGAACGAACAAAUGGACGCGUGACAGUCAAUGUGAUCAAGCCUCCCACUUUCGCGCUGACAACAAAAGUCGUGCGAGGAGAAUUGCCUUUUGAAGACUUGAGGUACUCGGACUUCGAGAGGGAGCUUCAUGCUGAGAUCUCUAAGCAACUUGUGACUAUACUGGACGACCGGUACCGUUACGACAUGGAAUAUAUCGCGGGUCGCACCUUGGAUCUCUAGAUGGACCGAGAAGGCUCCAUUCGCCAUCUAUAUCUCAUGUCCGUGAUCACCUAUCAUGAAAUAAAGAUGGAUUCUUGCGAAACGU